AUGGGGACCGUGGUGCUGGCACUGUCCCUGCUGGCCGCGGCUCUCCUGUGCCCAGCCACCGCCACGCUGCGCGUCGGUGCCUUCAACAUCCAGGCGUUUGGUGACAGCAAGAUGUCUGACGAGGCCGUGGCGGGCAUCAUCGUCAACGUCCUGCGCCGCUACGACGUGGUGCUGGUGCAGGAGGUGCGCGACUCCGACCUCAGCGCCGUCACCGAGCUCAUGGAGCAGCUCAACAGCGUGUCCUCAUCCCCGUACGACUACGAGAUCAGCGGGCCCCUGGGACGGGAGAACUACAAGGAGAUGUACCUCUUCAUCUACAGGACGGACGUCGUGUCGGUGCUGGACACCUACCAGUACGAGGACCCGCAGGAUGUCUUCAGCCGGGAGCCGUUCAUCCUGAGGGUCUCAGCGCCCCGCACCAGUAAGCGGUGCACGGCGUGCCCGUGGGGCCACGCGGGCUCACACGUCCCUCUCCCCGCAGAGGCAGGGGAGUUCGUGAUGGUGCCGCUGCACUCGGCCCCGCACGACGCCGCCGCCGAGAUCGACGCGCUCUACGACGUCUACCUGGCCGUGGUCAACAAGUGGGGGACCGACAACAUCGUGUUCCUGGGGGACUUCAACGCCGACUGCGCCUACGUCAAGCCGAGCGACUGGGCCUCCAUCCGCCUGCGCACCAGCGACGUCUUCAAGUGGCUGAUCCCCGACAGCUCCGACACCACCGUGGGGAAGUCGGACUGCGCCUACGACAGGAUCGUGGUGUGCGGCGCCAAGCUGAAGAGGAGCAUCGUGCCCAACUCGGCCGCUGUUUACAAUUUCCAGCGCGCUUUCCAGCUGGAGCAGGAGGAGGCCCUGGCAGUCAGCGACCACUACCCGGUUGAGGUGAAGCUGACGGCUUGA